CCUGAUGGGACCUCCCCCUCCUCUCCCGCUUUCCUGAGGGGGGUGCAGUCCAGCAGUCAGUGCUCCGGCUGCUCAGGGCUCAGUCCUACCUUCCUCCAUCAGUGCUCGGCUCAGGACCUCUGGAUACACGAUGCUACAUGAGUGGAGCCUGCCCCUGCUGCAGCUGCUGCUGCUCUUCUUGCUUUGCCCCCCUGCACCCCUUGCCUUUAACCUGGACGUAGACAAGGUCACAGUGUACAGUGGACCCCAGAACAGCUACUUUGGAUACUCUGUGGACUUCUACAUCCCGGACUCCAGAACAACCAGCGUAUUGAUUGGAGCCCCCAAAGCCAACACCAGCCAGCCGGAGAUAGUGGAAGGAGGAGCGGUGUACUACUGCCCAUUCCCAAGUGCGGGGACUGGAUGUAAGAGGAUUCCCUUUGACAACACCAACAACAGACAAGCCAGAAUCAAUGGAACCAAACAGAUGCUGGAGUUCAAGUCUCAACAAUGGUUUGGGGCAACAGUCCGGUCUCAUAAGGAAAAAGUUGUGGCUUGUGCCCCUUUAUAUCACUGGAGGAGCGUGAAAGAUAUAAGUGAAAGAGACCCUGUUGGCACUUGCUAUGUGACCGUACAGAACUUCAGCACGUAUGCCGAAUACUCCCCCUGCCGCAACCAGAAUGCUGACCCGGCAGGACAAGGCUACUGUCAGGCGGGAUUCAGUUUGGAUUUCUAUAAGAAUGGAGACCUUGCAGUUGGAGGACCCGGCAGCUUUUACUGGCAAGGGCAGGUCUUCAGUGCCAACAUCGCGGAAAUAAUUAAAGGCUAUUCCUUCAGGAACAUUAUCAGAAACCUUACUGGAGAGAAGAAGACCAAAGUGGGCGACUCUGUCUAUGAUGAUAGCUACAGAGGGUACUCGGUGGCCGUAGGAGAAUUUACAGGCGAUUCAGAGCAAGAGUUGGUGGCUGGAAUCCCGAGAGGCGAGCAGAACUUCGGAUAUGUCACCAUCAUUGACUCUACAGACAUGACGUACAUCCACAAUUUCACAGGUGAUCAGAUGGCUUCCUACUUCGGAUAUACAGUUGCCGUGUCAGAUGUAAACAGUGACGGUUUAGAUGAUGUCCUGGUGGGGGCGCCACUGUACAUGGACCGCGAAUUUGAGAGUAACCCAAAGGAAGUGGGCCAAGUCUACAUCUACUUGCAGGAGAGUCCCCUCGUCUUCAAAGAUGCCCGCUUACUGAAAGGGGCCGAGGUGUUCGGCAGAUUUGGCAGUUCCAUUGCAAAUCUAGGGGAUUUAAAUCAAGAUGGAUACAACGAUGUCGCCGUCGGAUCCCCAUUUGGAGGGGAAGACAGAAAGGGAAAAGUAUUUAUUUACAACGGGGAUAAAAACGGGUUAAAUGAAGAACCGUCUCAAGUCCUGGAAGGAUCCUGGGCCUCAACGUCACUGCCGGCAGGAUUUGGCUUCACCUUAAGAGGGGAUUCAGACAUAGACAAGAAUGAUUAUCCAGAUCUGAUUGUUGGGGCUUUUGGAGCAGGAAAAGUGGCUUUGUACAGGGCCAGACCUGUAGUUACAGUGGACGCCGAGCUUCAUCUUAAUCCCAUGAUCCUGAAUCCUGACGACAGAACCUGCUCGCUUUCCAUCUCCGACACCGUGGAGCUGCUGGUGUCUUGCCUCACUGUGACGGUGUGUAUGGAUGUAUCCGGACAAGGUAUUCCACGUCACAUAGCUCUGAGAGCUGAACUGGAACUGGACUGGUUAAAGCAGAAGGGAGCAGUGAAGAGAACCAUCUUCCAUGACUACGGCACAACGCACCACGUGUUCAAUGUGAUCGUUGGGAAGGAUAUCGGAAAGCAGUGUCUGGACUUUGUUGUUUAUCUCAGAGAAGAAUCGGAGUUUCGGGAUAAGCUCACCCCCAUCACUGUCAACCUGAAUUACAGCUUGGAGGAAUCUGCUUUCUUGAGUGACCAGGAUCUGAAACCAAUAUUGAAUCUCUAUAAGGAGCCAAAAAUACAGCAGCAGGCGCACAUUCUUGUGGACUGCGGAGAGGACAAUAUGUGCAUUCCUGACCUGAAACUCAAAGCCAAAUCGGACAAAAAGGAGCUGAUUAUAGGGGAAGAAAACCAUAUCCUCUUCAUCAUAAACGCGAGGAAUGACGGAGAAGGCGCCUACGAGGCCGAGCUCCAAGUCAACAUCCCAGCAGAAGCCGACUACGUGGGCAUUGAGCGUGGCAUGGAGGGUCUGCGACAGCUUAAUUGCGAAUACAAGAUGGAAAAUGAAUCCCGAAUGGUCGUGUGCGACCUUGGAAACCCCAUGGUCGCUGGAACUAAUCUCUCGCUUGGUCUACGAUUUAUGGUCCAGAGGUUGGAAAGCGCCGACAGCAUCAAAUUUGAUCUUUUUGUAAAAAGUUCUAACAAGGACAAUCCUAACAGUAACUUUGUCAGUCUAGAAAUUUUCAUCACUGCUGUGGCCCAGGUGGAGAUCAGAGGAGUUUCUCAUCCCCCUCAGAUCGUCCUGCCCAUUCCUAACUGGCAACCUAAGGAAAAACCAGCUGAAGAAGUGGAAAUAGGACCCUUAGUUCAACACAUCUAUGAGCUGCAUAAUAUUGGACCAAGUGCGGUUGGUGAAACACACCUGACGGUGGAAUGGCCUGCACAGAAUAAAGAGGAGUUCCUCCUUUAUAUAUUUCACAUCGAGACCGAGGGACCCAUACAUUGCUACCCAACCAGCGCAAUUAACACUUUAAAAAUUAAGCCAAGUGAACCUGAAGACACUCCAGAAUUAGCUGCUUUCCUACGGAAUUCCAGUGUCUCUCAUGCAGUGAGUCGGAGGGACAUAGCAGUGGCUGAGCCCCUGCGGCAUAACCCCAUCCCCACUAAACUACUGAAUUGCACCAAUGUGAAAUGCUUAACAAUCUCCUGCAAAGUAAAGCAAUUAAAAGGCGCAGAGCGGGCGGUGAUAAAGAUACGGUCGCGGUUAUGGGCUGAAACGUUCCUCCAGAGGGACAAUGAAUAUUACUCACUUACCGCCAGUGUGUCGUUCGAAGUAAAGAAGAUGCCAUAUAGUGUUCAACCGGCCAAACUGCCUGCGGCAAGUAUAGCUAUAAAGACAUCAGUGAUCUGGGCAACACCAAAUGUAACGUUCUCCAUUCCUUUGUGGGUCAUCAUACUGGCGAUUCUACUGGGACUGUUGGUUUUAGCCAUACUUACAGUAGUCAUGUGGAAGUGUGGAUUCUUCGACCGGGCAAGACCACCACAAGAAGAUGUAACCGAUGACACAGAGAAAUUAACAAACAAGACAUCUGAAGCAUGAACAAAUCAAGUGCUGUAAGACUAUGCAGAGGGCCAAAGAUUGAAUGCACCUGCAUCGCCACUAUGCUGCGUUGCAUCGAAGUUGCGCUGUACCAACAACUCAAGGAACAUUUGUUGAACAAUGCCUUAAAAAAAUAUUCCUUCAACAUCACAGAUGAAGUUUUUACUUGAAUCUUUGCUAGUUACAUGCAGAUGAGUUGCCUGAUGUGCACUCCAGAGUAACACAAACUGAGGCAGUGCCUGUAUUACUGUAUGGGGAUGUAGACUUCUCUGACCAAAUCUAGAACCACUACUGUUCUGUAAAGGAUCUUGGAAGAUGUCCAUGAUGGAACAGAACUCCAUUGGAUCACUGGGAAGUGUCAGAUUUUUGACUGUUUUUGAAACUGACUAUGAAAGAUGGAGUUGGUCAUUUUAUAAGCGAAGCACAAGCUCCUUGUUCUUCUUCUCGAAACUUCCAAAAAUGUAAUGGAGAUCUCUAUAAUAUUUUAUACAUUUGUACAAAUGUCAAAAGGUUCUUGUUUAUAGAAGAUGUGCAGUUUUUCAUGAAUGCCAAACCAUGAUAGGCACCUACUCACUAUGGAAGUAAAGGCCAGAACUAGAGACAUCGUGCCUCAUUGAGGUUAUUCUUACUGGGUCAAGAGUUGGGUUUUGGCUUAAGUCCAGCUGAGUAGGUGGCAGAAUGGAACUUUUUGUGUUCUUCUCAGAAUGGCUGGUGACCUGAUAUCACUUUAUAUAGCAAUCACUUAAUUUAUAUCACUUGUUACACUGUUACAGUAUUAACAAUAUCGUAUUAAGCGGUGCCUUCAUGUGUGUCACAUGGGACGAGUAGCCAGCCAUGGUCUACAGAGGUUUUCCGACUACUCACGGUUGGUGAUUAUAAGAUAUUGCACUCAAUGAUGAAGCAAGAAAAGACUGGAUGAAACUAAGGUUUAACUACAGACUAAGUUUGUGGCCAGAGAAAACCACAUAGUCCUUCCAAAAAGACCACUAAUGUCCACUUUCCUUGCAUACGUCUUAGGAUAAAAACAUUCACAGAGGGCUGCUCAUGUAUGUAGAUUAUAUGCCUGUUCAACUAUUUCCAAAAAAAAACAGGUUUACCAGAAGACUUUUUGGGGCUACUCGAUAAAGGCCUUCAGUCUCAGACUAAUCCAAUAUAAGUCACAUAAACCUUACGGCAAAUUUUGUAGCUGCCCACUGUGAAGACCCUUUAUGUAUGAGAGGAACAUGGUUUUACUAACUGUAUCUAGGAAGUGCUUUAUGUAGAUGUAUCUCCAGGUGAGGUCUUACACUACAUUAUGAUGUAUAUGAACAGAUCAUUGCUUUGGAAUUGACUUCCCUGAGAGCAGUUCCUUGCUGUAGAACAACUUAAAAUAUACAAGCCAAUAUAUUUGAUUGAUCGUGAGACCAAUGGACUCCAGCCCUUGUCUCUGCAGCUCUUGCAAAACUAUAACUCAUGCUCUUAUAGCCUUUGACCAUGAUCCACAAGUUGGAAUCCAUGACCAGUACAUUGGACCAAUGAUGGCACACAGCUAUCACUUUAAGGGAUGUUGGAAUCACACGCCAAUGUAGAGGGUGCCACACAAAAAGUUUAUUCAAUCAAUUACACCAAUGAUAGCAUAUAUCAGUCAGUCAGAAUUCCAAGGAGUCCCGGAAACUUUCAGUUGGAUGUGGGGUAUCCAGUGGUGUAGCCAUAGGGAGUACAGAGGUAUUGGUCACAAUCAAACCCAGGUGGGCCACCAGCAUUAUAAAUGGUACAUGGAAGGUGGGGAGUCCUGGUUUUGCAAUGGGGGCAGUGAAUUUCAUAUUUUAGCCCUAGGGAAAUUCCUUGCUUUACCUUUGAUUAGAAGAUGUGCAAUAUGCAUGUGCCAUAGGGAAAAGUCUCUUCUAGGGUCAUAUAACAAUUCCACAGUGACACUUAAGCUUACCAUACAUUAUGGAUUUCAGAUGGCCAUCUUCUGAACGACUUGGUUGGUCUGUGAAGGUUGUUUUUUUUUUUCCGGUGACAAUACCAUAAUUAAAAUGACAAAUCACUGAUUGAUCUCUGUGAUCGGUAACCUGGUCUGUGCCUCUGGGAUGGACAUUUGGCAUGAACGCCUUUAAAACUACAGCACAAAAGAAAAUAUCCAGCAAGAUAGAUCGAAUCUUGGACAGAGAUCUGCCACUGGUCAGCAUCUGCCAUGCUUCUUAGUGUCUUAGUAGGUGUAAGUGGCCAAGCGCAAAAUGGUCUAACUCUGUCUAUAAUGUGAGGCCAACUUUUAAGGCUGUUCUCUGGGAAUAAGGAAAUUUUAGUAAGUGCCCACAGCCUGCCUUCCUGAAGAUUCAUACUUACCUGCUCCCUGCCACUCUGGUCCUCGGCGAUUCCUCCACUGUGUCCAUGUUUUGGUCACUGCGCUGUUGACAUCUGUAUUACCAUGAGCAUGGUCCCCUGCGGCCAAUGACUAUCUCCAUCAUUGUGGGCACAUCACCGCUGAAGCCAGUCAUUGGCUGCAGUGGCCAUGUGACCAUGCUAUAGUGCAGGGAGGGGAACAUGGACACAGUGGAGGCAGCACAGAGGAUCGGAGUGGAAUGGAGCAGGUGGGUAUGAAUUUUCGGCUUAGAGAGGCAGGCUGCGGGUGCUUACUAAAAUCCUCUUAUUCCCAGAGACACCCUCCAAGGUCACUCUCAAAAAUGAAAACUUCUUCUAGACUUAAGUAGUCAAUGAAACUUUUCUGUGCAAUAUAUAAUGAAGACAUGUUUACACUGGCAUUUGGUGCAUCUUUUUAUAUACUCGUAUAAGUUCUGAAAACCUAAGUAUCCAGAGGCAAUUAUUAUGAAUGAUGCAGUAUUGAUAGUGUAGCUAUAGGAGGAGCAGAGGUAGAAGUUGCACCUGUGCCUAGAUGCUUGAGGGGCCCGAAAUCCCCUUUGCCACAUAAGAAAACAUCAGUAAUGAAUGCACUUGAUAGGUGAGGGGUCCUGUUAUAGCUGAGGGCCCAGGAGCCCACAUUACACCUCUGAAUAUUUUUAUACCAAGAUCCUCUUUGUAUGCAUUUGAUACUCUGAUUAGGUUACUGAACUACGACCCCUAGCCAGACUAAAAGAAGCCAUGGGUGCACCCCAGUCAUUUCCAUUCCUCACGUGAUCGUAAUCAUAUUUUCAGAUAUACUUCAUUGGGAUCUUUUUCUUGGAAUACACAAAUCCACCGAAUGACCACUGGCUUUAGGUUUAUAUACGUAGUUCACAUCAUUGAGAGAUUUUCUUUCCAACCUGAUACUGUUUUUGCAUUAGGUCAGCAAUCACUUGUAGAAAUAACAUGAUUCUGGGAGAUGCUUGACGACAGACAUAUUAAAAGCCUAUGCAAUGUGCGAAGGACUCAAAAUAAUAAAAGAGCAAAUGUAAAAUAA